UUUGUUUUCUCAUGGGACAUGAAGCCCGUUCUCCUGGUGAAAGUCUCUGUUUAAACUACACAUCACCGUCAAUCAUUACUGCUAUGUUAGCAAGAUGGAGCGGAGGGAAGUCUAAAGUCUGAAGUAAGAGGUCGUGAGUGAGUGAACAGCAGCAGUGUGAUCAGAUUAUUGGACCCUCCAGCAGCAGGAUGUGCUGCCGUGUCCGCUCUGUGCUGCAGCUGCUGCUCUCUGCAGCCUGCUCUCUCUUUCUGUGUGCAGCUGACGUCGGAGACUUCGCUCCGUGCCUGCAGGUCUUCUACAAGUCUUGGCCUCCUAAAGGUCUGGCAGGGACCCCCAUUUGCCAGCGCUAUUACAACCAGUACCGCUUCGCCACACUGUACAGCCGGCCCCGCCGCUCGCCCUGGUUCUCAGCCUACCGCUUCUCUGCUCCGGAGGGGAAGAGGCCCACGGCCAGCUGGAAGUUUGAGCCACAGCUGGCAUACCCAGGAGGUGACGGCAACAUGCUGCCGUUCCCCCCGGGCCCUCUGGACCAGAACGUGGUGGACAGUCAGGCCGUGUCUCCAGACUACAUUAACUCCACCUUCUCCCGCGGCCACCUGAACCCGAGCCUGCACCACCAGAGCCACGAGGACCGCGCCGCCACCUUCACCCUCACCAACGUGGUCCCCCAGAAGGCGGGCUCCAACGACGGGCCCUGGGAGGUCCUGGAGCAGACCGUCAACAAAACCCUACAGGCCUUCUGUCUCGGCGAGGCGUACGUGGUGACGGGCGCCAUCCCGUACCGGAGCGGCGAGCCCUGGCUGAAGGAGCACCGCGUGGCCGUGCCGGAGUACCUCUGGUCGGCCUACUGCUGCCCCAACUACAACACCAGUCUGCCGCAGGAGCUGAAGGAGGCGUUCCCUUCGUACGCCGCCAUCGGACGCAACGACCGCAACAGCAGCGAGGAGAUCGUCCCCGUCAGCACGGCGGCCAAGAAACAGUUCAGAGGAUACGACGUGAGACAGAUGUCCCUAAAGACACUGGAGAUGUACCUGAAGGACAGGUUCAACACGGUGGUCAGCGUCUUCUACGAGCAGUGCUCCGGAUCAGACUGAGACACACACACACACACACACACACACACACACAGGAUCAGACACACACCAAGGUUAUUAUAGUUAACGAAAACUAUGUAAUAAUAAAAUAUGAAAUAAUAUGAUAAUAAUGAAAUAAUGAAAACUAGAAUUGAAAUAACAUUUUCGUUAACUGAAAUAAAAAUAAAAAUGAGUUUAAGAAAAAAAAAAAAAACUACCUGAAAAACUACCUGAAACUGUAUUGUGUAGUUACAAAACUAACUAAAACUAACUAAAAUUAUAAUGAAAAUGUCCUUGGUUUUAGUCUUUGUCAACUUUUUUCAUACAUAAACCUUUUGGGUUGAAAUGAAACCUAUUUCAUUUUUCUGGUUUUAUGAUUCAAUAAACUUAUUGGGGCUGAGAUGGAUCAGACAAAGGAAAUAAAGGCAACAUUUAUUGUGAACUUAUUGAAUCUGGCACCCAACAAAUAACUCAUUACAAAAAACUAAAACAAACACUAAAACUAAUAAAAACUAAACUAAAACUAAGCAUUUUCCAAAAAAUAAAAACUAAUUAAAACUAGCAAACUCACUCUAAAAACGAACUAAAAAUAACUGAAUUUGAAAACAAAAAUUGACAACGAAAUUAAAACUAAAACUAAUGAAAAAAUCCAAAACUAUUAUAACCUUGACACACACCCACACGCAUAAUCUAACACAUGGUUGGUUCAGAUUUGGAAACACUGAAUCUAAAAGUUGAUGACGAAAAGUUUAUUGACCUGCUGCUGGACUGAAACUGAAAACACUCAAACUUCUCCUGGGCUCGUCACAAGAUUCACUCAGUGUUUCACCUCGAUAUAUCUGCAUUUCUUCAGAACUGUGCAGUAUUUUUGUAGCCUCCAUCAGCUGCAGGAGGCACAGUGUUUGUUCCCUUUGGACAGCCUGGGCCAGGCUAGCACUUUCCAUUGUUUCCAGUCUUUGUGCUAAGCUAAGCUAACCAGAUGCUGGCUUCAUAUUAAUUGUGCAGGUAUGUAGAGUAACUCUAAAACAGAAGCACUGGUGAAGGAGACUUUCUGCUCAGUAAAAUGUGUGCAUGUACCUCUAAAUAUGCAGAAGAAUUAUCAAGGAAAAGGUCUUGUUUAUGCAUGUGUAUUAUUGUAUACUGACCACUAGAUGGCGACUUUGUGCAAUACAUAAAGAUGAGUGACUGUAACCUGCAACAUCAAGUUUCAUCUUUCAUGAUUUCAUUGUUAAUUUACACUCUGAACCCCAACGAAACGUUUCAGGGCGUUUUGUUUUUUUAAGUUCUUUUUACAUUCAAGUCCUGCAGCUCUAUGGAAUCAGCACAAUCAUGGCUAGAAGUGGAAACAACUCAAACAUGUCUUUGUACAGAAUAACACAGUUAGAAUAAGAGAAAAAGUUGCAUUUAUCUGAUGAAUUGAAAUUCCAAGUGUCAUGAAUGUUGUUACAAACACAAAAUGACCAAAAACGACACAAAAGAGACACAAAAUUACGAAAAAACAUACGUAAAAAAUAACCAAAAAGACACAAAUUUA